AUGGUCCUUCAUAUAAUAAAUUCAUCUGAAGUACGUCCUGGUGAUCAUUUAUAUCGAUAUCGAUUAUUUAACGUACAACAAGGUAUUGCUGUUCAAUGUCCAACAUUAAAAUCAAUUUUUGUUCUUACAUCAUAUAAAAAUACGCUACGACUUGUUAGUUUAAAUGAAUUUAAAAGAAAAAGUUGUUUAAGACGUGUUAUUUAUAAUGGAAAUUGUAGUUGUAUAAAAAAAGUUAAAUAUUUACAUAAUCGACCACCUGAAGAAAUCGUUAAAAAUGCAUUAUUACUUCUUGAUUGGAUUAAAACUUCACCUGAUAAUGUACGAAAAUUAUUUUCUAAUGAUUUAUCACAAUUUGCUCAAAAAUGUUGUACAACAGUUCAUGAACAAUGGUGUAAUCUGUUUUAUUCAACUUAUGAACAAAUAUCAUUAAAGAAACAUUUUUUCGAUAAAAAACAAAUAUCAAGUAAUAGUAAUAAUGCAUUUAAUGCUGCACUUAUGUGUGGAAUGCCAUUUCGUCAAGCUUCACAAAUUGGAAAGAAUGACUUUUGGAUCGAGAAAAAUGAUGAAAUUGAUUUAUUACAAACUACUGAAAGUAUGAUUACAUAUUUUCUUAUUGAAAAAAAAGAACAAGAAGAUAUAUAUGUAUGUAAAACUAUACUUUUUUUAGAUUCCAACGAUCAGUUAUUAACACUCUCAAAAACUACUUCAGAUGAACCUAUGAUAUUCUCUUCAACACUUAUGGAAUUUUCAUCAGACGAAGAUAUUUCUCUGAUUUAA